UUAAUUUUUUCUUCUUCUUUUUUUUUACCAGUCCAGAAAGCGCCGUUUCCCGUCCAUAUCUCUAAUAGUCCUCAAACUAUUUGACAAAAAAAAUCAAGAAAGAAAGAAAGAAAAUCAACAAAACAUGACGUCUAAUUCCAACGUGUCCAACAUGCGUCGACUUGUUGAACAACUGAAACUCGAAGCCAGUUUGGAACGGAUUAAGGUGUCUCAGGCAGCGGCAGAGCUCCAGCAGUACUGCCAUCAGAAUGCGGCUAAAGAUGCUCUGCUGGUCGGGGUUCCGGCAGGCUCCAACCCCUUCAGAGAACCACGAUCCUGUAACCUGUUCUAAGGACCUGACACAAAAAUGGCGGAGUCAUGCAGAGGAAAACUUACGUUGGAAUCCAAAAACGAUGAAAAAGUGAUCAGGCUGCAUUCAUUGAGAGAUAUAUGUUUUCUCUUGUGCCACGUGGCUUUGUUAUGUUUUUUUUUAAAUAAUAUAUAUCAUAUGAAGUAAUAAUAGGUUUGUAUAUUGGAGCUCAUUUUUUAUAUUUGUUUCUUGGAUGUUUAGUAUUUUUAGUCCCAAAGUUCUUUUAGUUUUUUUUUUUUACAAGUUUGGUAACAUUUAAUAUAAUGAUCUGAUACAGGAGUAAAAUAAAUAAUAAAUAAAAUACAGGAUAAAAUAA